GGCACACCAGGAUCCGGUGGUGGACGUGGCACACCAGGGCCUGGUGGUGGACGUGGCACACCAGGGCCCGGUGGUGGACGUGGCACGCCAGGAUCUGGUGGUGGUCGUGGCAGACCAGGAUCUUCGCUCCCAGACAUCGGAGACGGAUACCUUCUACCGGACAAGGAGUUCAAACCCCCGAUCAUUGGGUACGUUAGUGAGCCCCCAGAUGUUCCGUUCCCUAUAAGCCGGGCGACAACAGAGCAAAAGUCUGUUUUGGAUAAAUCUGGAGAAGAAGUGAAAUCUCCUGGACCGAAUAUCCAACAGAGCGUUAGCCCACGUGAGCGCAAGUCGCAAACGCAGACUCAAGAUGGAGAUGAUUUACCUGGACUGAAAAAUGCACAACAGUAUUCGAAAGAUGCUAAGCCUGAGCUCGCUGGCGGCACAAGUCCCGCCGCUGGAAACGAAUACACCAGAAAAGCACCGGCCGGCUCGGAAGUCGGGGGAUCUCGACGAACCUUUGCACCUGGUGACGCUCAGAUCUUGUUGGACGAAGACGAGGCAUCGCCUUUCCCCUCCGUUAAAAGCACACUACCCUCAGAGCGACCAGAAUCCGUCCAAGUCAGCAGCAGCAAGCCUGAGCUUGAUAGCAAUAUGCCGCUUCCCAUACCUGGAGACGGGGAGGAGGACGGAAUUUCCACGGCCAAGUCACCUGGCGCUGUCCUCGGAAGGCCUUUGGCUGCCAAGACGCCCGAAGUCGCUGGAACGUCCCCCGGAACACCAGCCGCCGAAAGUCCUGUCCCUGAGCUUGUUAGCAAUAUGCCGCUUCCCAUACCUGGUGGCGAGGGAGAGGACGACUUUUCUCCGGCCAAGUCACCUAUCACUGUCCUCGGCAGGCCCUCAUCUCCAGUCGCUGGAACGUCCCCCGAGACACCGGUCGCCGGAAGUCCUGGCGCUGAGCUCAUCAGCAACAUGCCACUUCCCAUACCUGGUGGCGAGGGAGAGGACGACUUUUCUCCGGCCAAGUCACCUAUCACUGUCCUCGGCAGGCCCUCAUCUCCAGUCGCUGGAACGUCCCCCGAGACACCGGUCGCCGGAAGUCCUGGCGCUGAGCUCAUCAGCAACAUGCCACUUCCCGUACCUGGUGGCGAGGGAGAGGACGAUUUCGGAACACCGGUCGCCGAAAGUCCUGGCGCUGAUAUAAUACCGACUGAAUAUGGUCUGGGAGACGCGAAAGUGCCGAAUUCCGUCAUCACGGCGCCUCAGAUUGCAAGUACAACGCCGGAACUUGCAGCUGAUGAAGAACAGAAUCCUGCAAGACCUGCGACUACUAAAGACGCGCCCAGUGAGAAUGCUGAAAAUGUGGGUGUCUCCACACAGCCCAAAACAAAACCAGUCUCACCAGUUCCUGAACAAGGCCCAACAGCUGAGAUCUCCGAAAGCAAAAGCGGCACUUCGCAACCCCCCAGAUAUGGUGUUUCGAACAGCUACCUGCCGCCCAGUUCUGACUUCAAACCACCCCAGUCUGCGUACGGUGAUCUUUCCCCGCCGACACCUGCCAAAUCUGACAGACCCGAUACAGCAAAAAUUCCAACCUCUGAGAAAUCGCCGGGCAGAGAAUCAUCAAGCUCGCCGGGCACUGGAGGCACCCCAGACACUCCUGGCAGCGGAGGAUUCCAGGGUGCACCGGGCAGAGGAUCACCAGGAUCACCGGGUACUGGAGGUACCCCAGGCGUUCCUGGUAUAGGAGGCUCUCUGGGUGCCCCCGGUAGAGGAUCACCAGGAUCACCGGGUACUGGAGGUACCCCAGGCACUCCUGGCAGCGGAGGAUCCCGGGGUGAACCGGGCAGAGGAUCACCAGGAUCACCGGGUACUGGAGGUACCCUAGGCGUUCCUGGUAUAGGAGGCUCUCCGGGUGCCCCCGGUAGAGGAUCACCAGGAUCACCAGGCACUGGAGGUACCCCAGGCAUUCCUGGCGUCGGAGGAUCCCGGGGUGAACCGGGCAGAGGAUCACCAGGAUCACCAGGCACUGGAGGUACCCCAGGCACUCCUGGCAGUGGAGAAUACUCGGGUGCCCCGGGCAGAGGAUCACCAGGAUCACCGGGUACUGAAGGUACCCCAGGCACUCCUGGCAGCGGAGGAUCCCGGGGUGAACCGGGCAGAGGAUCACCAGGAUCACCGGGUACUGGAGGUACCCUAGGCGUUCCUGGUAUAGGAGGCUCUCCGGGUGCCCCCGGUAGAGGAUCACCAGGAUCACCAGGCACUGGAGGUACCCCAGGCAUUCCUGGCAGCGGAGGAUCCCGGGGUGAACCGGGCAGAGGAUCACCAGGAUCACCGGGUACUGGAGGUACCCCAGGCGUUCCUGGUAUAGGAGGCUCUCCGGGUGCCCCCGGUAGAGGAUCACCAGGAUCACCAGGCACUGGAGGUACCCCAGGCACUCCUGGCAGUGGAGAAUACUCGGGUGCCCCGGGCAGAGGAUCACCAGGAUCACCGGGUACUGGAGGUACCCCAGGCACUCCUGGCAGCGGAGGAUCUCGAGGUGCACCGGGCAGAGGAUCACCAGGCUCACCGGGCACUGGAGGUACCCCAGGCACUCCUGGUAGAGGAGGCUCUCCGGGUGUCCCCGGCAGAGGAUCACCAGGAUCAACGGGUACUGGAGGUACCCCAGGCGUUCCUGGAAGAGGAGGCUCUCCGGGUGCCCCCGGCAGAGGAUCACCAGGAUCACCAGGCACUGGAGGUACCCCAGGCACUCCUGGCAGUGGAGGAUACUCGGGUGCUCCGGGCAGAGGAUCACCAGGAUCACCGGGUACUGGAGGUACCCCAGGCACUCCUGGCAGCGGAGGAUCUCGAGGUGCACCGGGCAGAGGAUCACCAGGAUCACCGGGCACUGGAGGUACCCCAGGCACUCCUGGCAGCGGAGGAUCCCGAGGUGGACCGGGCAGAGGAUCACCAGGAUCACCGGGUACUGGAGGUACCCCAGGCACUCCUGGCAGUGGAGGAUACUCGGGUGCCCCGGGCAGAGGAUCACCAGGAUCACCGGGUACUGGAGGUACCCCAGGCACUCCUGGUAGCGGAGGAUCCCGAGGUGGACCGGGCAGAGGAUCACCAGGAUCACCGGGUACUGGAGGUACCCCAGGCGUUCCUGGUAGAGGAGGCUCUCCGGGUGCCCCUGGUAGAGGAUCACCAGGAUCACCAGGCACUGGAGGUACCCCAGGCACUCCUGGCAGUGGAGAAUACUCGGGUGCCCCGGGCAGAGGAUCACCAGGAUCACCGGGUACUGGAGGUACCCCAGGCACUCCUGGCAGCGGAGGAUCUCGAGGUGCACCGGGCAGAGGAUCACCAGGCUCACCGGGCACUGGAGGUACCCCAGGCACUCCUGGAAGAGGAGGCUCUCCGGGUGCCCCCGGCAGAGGAUCACCAGGAUCACCAGGCACUGGAGGUUCCCCAGGCGUUCCUGGAAGAGGAGGCUCUCCGGGUGCCCCCGGCAGAGGAUCACCAGGAUCACCAGGCACUGGAGGUACCCCAGGCACUCCUGGCAGUGGAGGAUACUCGGGUGCCCCGGGCAGAGGAUCACCAGGAUCACCGGGUACUGGAGGUACCCCAGGCACUCCUGGCAGCGGAGGAUCCCGGGGUGAACCGGGCAGAGGAUCACCAGGAUCACCGGGUACUGGAGGUACCCUAGGCGUUCCUGGUAUAGGAGGCUCUCCGGGUGCCCCCGGUAGAGGAUCACCAGGAUCACCAGGCACUGGAGGUACCCCAGGCAUUCCUGGCAGCGGAGGAUCCCGGGGUGAACCGGGCAGAGGAUCACCAGGAUCACCAGGCAUUGGAGGUACCCCAGGCAUUCCUGGCAGCGGAGGAUCCCGGGGUGAACCGGGCAGAGGAUCACCAGGAUCACCGGGUACUGGAGGUACCCCAGGCGUUCCUGGUAUAGGAGGCUCUCCGGGUGCCCCCGGUAGAGGAUCACCAGGAUCACCAGGCACUGGAGGUACCCCAGGCACUCCUGGCAGCGGAGGAUACUCGGGUGCCCCGGGCAGAGGAUCACCAGGCUCACCGGGCACUGGAGGUACCCCAGGCACUCCUGGCAGCGGAGGAUCCCGAGGUGCACCGGGCAGAGGAUCACCAGGAUCACCGGGUACUGGGGGUACCCCAGGCGUUCCUGGUAUAGGAGGAUCCCCCGGUGCCCCGGGCAGAGGAUCACCAGGAUCACCAGAUACUGGAGGUAUCGAAGACACCUAUUUCUAUGGAGGAUACUCGUAUGCCCCGCCGGGCCAAGGAUCACUAAGAUUACCGGGUACUUUAGGCACCCCAGGCACUCCUGGCGGCGGAGGAUCAUCGGUUGCUCCAGGCGAAGGACCACCAGGCUCACCGGGAACUGGAGGUACCCCAGGCACUGCUGGCAGUGGAGGAUACAAGUAUGCCCCGCCGGGCAGAGGAUCACUAGGAUCACCAGGUAUUGAAGGUACCCCAGGCACUCCUGGCAAAGGAGGAGCUCUGGGUGCACCGGGCAGGGGAUCACCAGGAUCACCGGGUACUUUAGGCACCCCAGGCACUCCUGGCAGUGGAGGAAACCAAGGGGCCCCGGGCGGAGGAUCACCAGGGUCACCGGGGUCACCGGGUACUGGAGGGGAAUCCACACAGGGACAGCGACCACGACCCCCGUACAAUGAGCCCGACUCGAGACUAGGCCCGCAGCCGGCUGCAGCCAAGCUGGAGCCCUCGCCCCGCCGUCCCCGUCCACCUUUCUCCCAACCGGAGACACCCGUCCGCGUCCCAGCUCGUCCAAAUCGUCUGCCGACCUCUCCGCGCCCGAGCCAUGGCGGAUCGCGGCCCUCGCUGCCGCCCUUCGACGCUGACGCCAUGCCUGACUACGAGCCCAAGUUCGGCAUGCGGCUCGUGCCGAAGACAAAGAGGCCGACGGUGGAGCAGGAGCUUGAGGAGUACCUUGGCUACCUUCCUCCGCUGGUCUAGACGUUUCUUCGCGAUGGUGUGAAGGCGUGUGGAAGGGCAGGCUUCUCAUUAGACCGUGAGAGCCGUACUGACCCCUGGCCUCCGGCUGUGCUCCGUGGCCAGAAUGGUCGGUAUCGAUAAGUGUGCUUAACUCGUAUUCGCGUUAACUUGCUAAUGACUGCUUGCGUCAACCUAUUUUUGCUCGCUUUAAGCGUGGAAAUAAAUCGAAAAUAAAUAACGAAC